GGCACAAUGGGGCCAGCAAGGCCAGCCGGGGUACCAGUACCCCAUGCAGACCGGAUUCAACCCACAGCAACAGCAACAACCGCAAUUCGGCGGAGGCCUCCAGCCGCAACCGACUGGCUUUCCCGGCCAGCGUCCGGGAGGAUUCCAGCAACCCCAGCAGACCGGCUUUCCUAGUAACUCAGGAUUUCUACAGCCUCAGCAGACCGGGUUUGUGCCUCCCCAGCAAACCGGCUUUCUAGGUGGUGGAGCAGGUUUCGGCCAACGCCCAGCGCCUCCGCCUCCGCCCGUCCCACCGAUUCCGUCCCAGUUUCAAGGCCAGCAAAGCGCGAUAUCGCCAAUGAACCGCCUUGCGCCUCAGCCCACUGGGUUUCCUGGCGUAGGAGGAGGCGGACUCAUGUCGCAACCUACAGGCUUCCCCGGCGCUGGCGGACUCGCGCCGCAGCCGACAGGCUUCCCUGGCGCAGGUGGCCUGCGCGGCGGGCCGUCACCGGCGCCCCUCGUUCCCCAGAUGACGGGCUUCAUCGAUCCCCGCAUAACGAUGAUGUCCGGCGCGUUCAUGCCUGCCAAUCCAACCGCGCCGUACGCCUCCGGCUUCGUCCAGACGCAGAUCCAGCAGAACCCGAGCAUGUUCAACGGCCUCAGCCUCCAGCAAAGCUUCCAGCAGCACAACCAAGAGGUCCGGGGCAGCGCGGCACCGAAGAUCCCGUGGGCGCUGAGCAAGGCUGAGAAGAAGAACUACGACCAGUUGUUCAGGGCCUGGGAUACGUCUGGCACAGGAUUCAUCGAUGGCAAGACUGCGUUGGACGUGUUCGGUGCGAGUGGAUUGAGCCGGAAUGACCUGGCCAAAAUCUGGACGCUUGCUGAUGUGGACAAUCGCGGCAAGCUCAACAUUGCAGAGUUCCACGUAGCAAUGGGCUUGAUCUACCGAAAACUCAACGGCAAUGAUAUCCCUGACGAACUCCCUCCGGAACUCGUACCACCAUCUCAUCGCGACCUCGACACAUCCGUCAACUUCCUGAAAGAUAUUCUCAAGAAUGACACCCGCUCUCAAUCCCGCUCCCCAGGUAUCGACAGCCCGAUCAGCAAGCUGCGCGAUCGCAGCUUGUACGGCAACGGGCCUGCGGGCGCCGGAAGCAGGCAGGAUGCGACGGUAUACAGGCACUCUGACAAUGUGGGCGAGGCUUAUCAGCCGCGGAACAGACGUCUCGACAGGAGCGCAGUCCGUGUCGGUAACGAGAGUGCUGGAGACGAUUUGAACGAAAUGAAGCGCCAGCUUUCGAACGCUGCCCGGAUGCUCGACGAUGAAGCUAACAAGUCGCAAGACGACGAGGCGCUAGACCGGGAGAUGGCCGACUUGCGUUACCGCGUGAAGCGUGUGCAAGAGGACCUCGAUUACGUCCAGCGCGGCCCGCGCACGACAGCGAAGGACGAGGAGCGCCGACGCCUCGAGCGCGAGCUGAUGAAGCUGCUUCACGAGCGCGUACCGGAGGUGGAGCGCAAGAUCGAGGAGCGGGAGAAGCGGCGCGAGCGCGAGCGCCGCGACGAGAUCAAGGCGAGGGACGAGCGCAAUGAGCGGUUCGGGCGGUUCAGCGACAGGGAUGAACGGUACGGAUACGAUAGCAGGGAUCGGUACGACGACCGUGACAGGGACCGGGACCGUGAUCGCGACUAUCGGGACCGGUCGAGGGAGCGGGAUAGAUACUACGGGGACCGCGAUCGCUCCAGGGAUCGCUACGACCGCGACCGCGAUUAUGAUAGAAGCUACGACCGCCCGCGCUCUCCUGCAGGCACGGCAGCGCGCACCCCGCCGCCGCCGCCACCACCAUCUGCGCCAUCUUCCUCCAUUUCGAAGCCUCCACCCCCGGCGCCAGCCCCGUCCGCAUCACCUGCACCGGGUGCUCCGAACACGAAGAAUAUGACCCCGGAAGAACGUAGGGCAUUCAUUCAGGCCGAAGCGCAGCGGCGCAUGCAAGAGCGCAUGCGCGCGCUCGGUGUCACGACGCCUGCCCCCGGCGCCACUGGCAGCGGACCCGCACUUGAUACUAGUGUGGAGGAGCGGCUUGCGAAAGAGAAGGCGGAGGCGGAGGCGAAAGCCAGGCAGGCGGAGAAGGAGGCGGAGGAGCGUGAGCGGCAGAGGAGGGAGCGGCUGCAGGGAGAGAGAGCCCAGGUCGAACCUCCGAAGACAGCUCCUCCUGCGCCUACCCCGCCUGUGUCGUCGCCGGCGGCUACCAAGAAGGCCGCCCCGCCGCCGCCAGUCGCCAGGAGAGCCCCUGCUCCACCGCCGCCGCGCAAGCCCUCCGCUCCGCCGGUACCGUCCCCCUCCGUGUCGAACCCGGCUCCCCCUCCACCUGCACCUCCAGCGGCAUCGGCUGCUCAGGUAGAUCCCGAAGAAGAAAGGAUACGCCAGCGCGAGGAAGAGCUGAGGAAGAUACGUCAGGAACGUGAGGCGCGGUUAAGGCAACUCGAGCAAGAAGAGGAGGAGAUGAAGAAGGCCGAGGAGGAAUAUCAGAAGAGACGACAAGCUUUCUUGAAUAGGGCGGCGAGUCCUGCCCCGCCCACCCCUGAGGUCAGGUCGCCGCCUACUGCUCCCCCAGCUCCUGCCCCUUCCGCGCCAACUCAGAUUUCUCCGCCACCUCCACCACCGCCUGCGCCUGCAGCACCGACGAGCCCGCCGCAAGCGGAGAAGAGUCACAACCCCUUCAGCAAGCUCUUGGGUGGAGGUGCCCCACCGCCAGCUACUUCCGGUGGCACCCCUGGCGGGUCCAACCCGUUCUUCAAGCCCGGUCCUCCCGCUGCGACUCCCGAACCGACUUCAGCCCCUGUUGCCCCCACUCCUCCUCCGCCAGCCAGAAGCCCGAUGCCAGCGCCGAUCAAGACGUCUUACCACACCGCCCCUGCCGACGACGAGGAAGAUUGGGAAGAUUUGAAGGAGAAGGACGACGACGACAGCUCCGACGACGACCUUGGCACGUCCCGCGACGCGCGGUCCAACCUUGCCCAGCAGCUAUUCGGCAGCAUUUUGCCCACGUCGCGACCUCAGAGCGCAGCGCCGAUGAGCCCGAAGCCAGCCACGCCAAAGAGCGCGACGCCCGUGCAAAAUGGGGCUCCACCUGCUGCCCCGCCCCCACCUCCCGCCCCGGGUGUGCCUGCUGCCCCGCCUCCACCGCCGGCAUUUGGGGGUGGACCGCCGCCUCCACCUCCGCCUGGUCCUCCGCCUCCACCAGCUGCUGCAGCGCCCAUCGCCGCCCCUGCACCUACCGGAGACCGAUCUGCGUUGCUUGGCGCAAUCCAAUCUGGGGCGAGGCUUAGGAAGGCACAGACAAACGACCGCAGCCAAGCCGGUCUGGCAGGUAAAGUUCUUGGAGACACUGCUCCGCCCCCGCAUAUCAACGCCGCGCCUCGUCCCGCGUCGCCUCCAUCGCCACCUCCGGCGGAAGCCCCCCGUGCGGACGACCAGAAGACGUUGAAUAGGCAGUCGGUCGAUUGGUUUGCUGGUCUCGCGGCAGAUCAAGGGCAAGUGCAUCGCCCCGCUGAGGCAAUGCCGUCCAUGGCCGAGGAGGAUGAACAUUCCGACGAUGAACGUGAUGAACCGGAGAAGCUCCCAGGCGAGGGCGUUCCUGCCAUCCAGGUCUCGGAGUCAAACGACGAAAUGGCGGACAUUGACAAGUCAGUCGCCUUGCGCGUGAGAUCGCUGUAUGCGUAUGAAGGGCAACGUCCGGAGGACCUUUCUUUCGGCGAGAACCUUGUCUUGACUGCACACCCAUCGAAGUCAGGCGGUGAUUGGUGGUAUGGCACCCUCGUCCGAGAUGGGAAAUCCGGUUUCUUCCCCAAAACUUACGUUCAAGAAGUGCAAUCAACCAAAGCCAGGGCUCUCUAUGCAUACACUGGCACAAAUCCUGACGAAUUGCCAUUCGCUGAAGGCGACCUGCUAUCCAUCGUCGAUCGCGCGGAGGCGGACUGGUGGAAGGCGGAACAGGGCGGCGUGAUCUUCAUCGUGCCGGCGGCUUAUCUAGAAGUGGUAGAGGAAGUCGGUGCGUUGCCUGCGCCCGUUAAGCAGCCCGAAGAGCAAUCUGCGGUUGCGCACAACAUCCCGAUCUCACCCACAGUGACCGCCAACGAUGAAGAUUCCGAAGAUGAGUCAGAUACGGAUUCUGAAUAUCUAUCCUUCGGCGAAUCAGACGCAGAAGAAGAACGACCCGCAAACGAGGAAGAGGCCAAGGCGGAGCGGGAGGCUAGAGCGAUUGAACGACAACGCGUACUGGAAGCUGCCGGAUUAGUGGUGAAGACCGACAAGCAGCCUCCUCCACGUCCAGCCCGCAAGCCCUCAGUAAGGCGGCGACGUCCUCCGCCUGCAGCACCCAACCGGACGUCCAUCAUCUCGAUAACGUCUGAGAAGGAUCUGCCUCCAGCCCAAGGGAGCCCGGCAGACUCGACCAUACGGCUUGACGAUGCGUUUGCGCGCUACGAGGAGUUCAAGAAAACGAAGGGCGUCGAGCAAAAUCGCUUAUCUGUCUCCUCCUUCGACAACAUGCUUGCGUCCUCGCCUAUGUCUUCCUCGAUCUCUCAAAGCAUGUCCCGCGAUAGCGCCGCUUCCACAGGGAGUGAUCACGGUCGCAUGUCACAUUUCCUCCAUUUCCUGGGACGGACUAAAACGCCCAAUGAUAGUGAGAAGAAGACGCUUUCCAUUUCGGCUCCGAUCUCCGGCCCUAUAGCAGGACCGCCCUCAAGUAGACCUGCGACGCCAGCGUCUCAGGAUGGGAAUUUAUUCGGCUCGACAUGGGCAAGCUUGGUAGACAAGACUGCCCUGGAAGAUGUGCCAACAAAAGAACGGAAGCGUCAAGAAUCAAUCUUCGAGUUCAUUGCUACGGAAGCUGCAUACGUUCGGGAUUUGCAGAUCAUCGUCGAGGUGUUCUACGCAAGCAUGCUCCCUAUGCUCGACGAGAAAGCCGUCACAGUCAUAUUCGCAAAUGUAGAAGAUAUCCUUCUCUCGAACACAACCUUCCUUAGUUCCCUGGAAGAGCGUCAGAAGGAAUGCAGACUGUACAUCGACCGUAUCGGAGACAUCCUCAAGGAGCAUAUGAGCCAUAUGGAGGUAUACAUGGAAUACUGCGUCAACCAGGGCACCGCAACGAAGGUGCUGCAGUCACUGCGAGAGUCAAAACCCGAACUUGCGGCGCAUUUGCAGCGCCUGCGUGAAUCCGAACCUGCCGUUCGCAACUUGGAUUUGUCGAGUUAUCUCCUGGUACCUAUGCAACGUAUGACCCGCUAUCCGCUUCUCCUGCGCCAAAUUUUGCACUACACGGACUCUGCACAAGACCAGAGCGACAUCGAGAGCGCUCUUCAAAUGGCCGAAGGCAUCUUGACGCACAUCAAUGAGAGCAUACGGGAACAGGAAGGCCAAGAAACGCUGAGGAAGAUCUCAGAGCACCUAUGGGUUGGGCAAGGGAGACUGGAUCUCACAGCUCCAACGCGCUCGAUGGGCAAACGGCGGCUACUCAAGGAAGGCAUGCUGUCGAAGGCGAAGAGCGGACGGAAGCUACGGGCAUACCUUUGCAGCGAUAUCCUCGUGCUCACGGACGAGACAUCCAAGACUCUCUAUCGGAUGCCCAUUCCUCUUCCCGACAUGCAGAUCCAAGAGGCGCCUGGGAACAGAGACGAUACUGCGUUCCAGAUAUUCGUGCCGUAUCCGCGGGGCGGCGACAAGAUAGCGCUACGAGCGACUUCGGUGCGGGACUGUCAAGUGUGGAUUCGAACGCUGGAACAGGCCAUACAAAAUGCGAAGGAGGCAGAGAAAAGGGCAAUGAAGAGGGUGCGGACUCGGUAAAAUGCAUGCUCGACCGCGAUUUGUUUUUGUUUUCCAUUCUUGAACAGUGCGCGGAUUACUCUACACUACGGGAUGUCAUGCAUCACUUCAUUCGAUGCCUCACUAAAGAUCUUGUAGAUGCACGCAGGCGUGCGUUCAUGUAUACAUGGUAUACUUGAUGAUUAACAUGCUAGGCUGUGGAUUAAUGAUUAUCUUCCACUUCCUGGAUGCGACCGUCAAGCAAGCUGAGAACUGUAUCUAAGCCCUUCAGCACACCCUCGUCAGGCCCACGUCCGGGCGUGAUCUUUGUAUGCGCGAAGUCGAUCAACUUGAUGACAUACGCCGGGCCAUGUUUCUUGGUGCCUUCUUCGACGUCCUCUUCGUCAGAAGAUUCAUCGUCCUCUCCUUCGUCCUCUGUCCCUGCAGCGAGCUUGUUCAUGCGCUCAAAAUGUCGCUUCAAGCCCUCUUCCGCCCGCGCCCAAUCCGCUUCGUAGAUGAAGAGUACGCUCCCGCCCACCAUCCGCAUCUCCACCUGCGCCAGUGCGUUGCGGAUAUCCUUCACGUUGUUCUUCAUUUCCCUCAGGAUUGGUAACAGCAAAUUCGCCGGCAAACCCAAAUGGGAUCCCGAUGUCUGGGUACCCGAAUCGGGGGAGGAAGAGGAGGCGGAGGUCACCUCCGGAGAGUUAUCGGUAGCAGAAGUAAGAGAGGAAGCGACGGGGAAGAACCGCCUUAUGCCGUCUGGAAGAUCGGCAGGCUUGAUGGACUUUCCGUACGACUUGGGUACGACGACUGGUUUGUGGGUAUUAUUGUCGUAGACCUGAAAUCCUGUCAAACGAACGCCGGUCUCGUGCGAGGUUGUGUUCCUCGCCGUCUUCUCCAUGCGCUCCUUCUUCUCAGGCGUCGCAUCCUCGUCAUAGAGGAUCGUGCCAAGCUUGAUGUCCAAUAUGUUUGGCUCAUGGAACGCGUACGCAAGAUUCUCUAGCACAAGAGACUCUUUUCCCUGACCCUCCUCCAGCGGUUCAAGCUGCGUCCCAGCUGCAUCGGCAACCUUGCCCUGCAGCUUCAACGUACCGUAAAACUUGCACAAGAAUGGCCGCAGCGGCGCAAAGCUCGGCUCGUUCGCGACGUGUUCGUAGAAGCCGAUCUCGGCGGCAAGCGCCUCCUUGAUGAGCAGCGAGCCGUCCUCGGAGGUGAGCACGCCCGGGUGGCCGCCGACCUGAGCGUCCAUGGCCUUAGUGUGGAUGUCGUGCAGAUCGACAUCGGACGGCGGGGUGUCGGUCAUCGUGGACGAUGAUCAGAGUAGUGGGGAAGCCGAAAGCCAGGCACCAGCUGACGUGGGUUGGAUUAUAACAUGAGCAGCCAUUGAAAGGGCUUGGCUAAAACCAUCAUGUCCGCGCUUGACUACGCCGCCAAUCAAUACAUCGCCGUAUCUCUGAACCCGGCCGUCGUGCCAGACCCUGGCCAACUAGCAGCUAGAGCUCAUCCCGCGCUCAACCACGUCGGGAAUGUAGGACAACUGGCGGACGUCCAGCUAUAUGCCAUCCCCAAGGCGGAAUGGGGCAGAGUCCAAGAUGAGGUCUUAACGUCGCUGAAAGGUCAAGAGGGCGUUUCGAGGGUCGACGUGCAGGAGCCGCCGAGGCAGAGGGUGAAGAGGGGAGGCGAUGAGUUCUGA